CUUCCGCCUUUCGUCAUAGCUUCUUCUUCAGACAGCAGACCAACAUGUCGGGACUCCUGAGAGUUAUCGCCAGCCGUGCUGCCCCUUCUCUGCGGCUACAGAGCGCCGUUCAGAGGGCAAACCUGUACACCAGACCGGCCAAGGAUAAGGUCGGAGCAGUGGAAAGUGCAGUUGGGAUUGGCUUGUUCUCCCUCGCCAUCCUAGGACCAGCGGGGUGGAUCCUGUCUCACCUGGAGGACUACAAGAAGACCGAAUAAUGGACAUUUUAGCAGUCUCUAACCAGGCACCCUCAGCCCUGGGACCAUCAUCCUCUCCCUGCAGAGUUGACCUCCUGUCCUCUACCUCUCUGACGCCUCCACUCCACAUCCCAAAUGGAACGACUGUUUCAACAAUGCUGACUUCUUCACAUUCAUACCUUUGAUAUUGUGUUGUACAUCUUUCCUCUCGGGGAGUACGUUACAAGAUUAAAUUUUAACUAUAACUCUAA